AUGCGUGUGAUCUCAACUGCUGAUGGUAAACAAGUUCAAAGAAUUAGCGGUGAACAGCGAUCAGAGUCCUACACCAGUUCCCGACCAUCUGAGGCCAGUGAACUGGGUCACACAUUGACAAAGCUGUUGACAGGAUCCUUGUCUAAAUCCUCUUUGAACACUUACCAACGGCCGUGGGCAGUUUUCGCACAGUUUUCUGCCAACACUUUUCAUACAAAAACAGAAAUCCCAAUUUCGCCUGACACUUUAGCACUGUUUGUAGCUUACUUAUCAGAUAGUGGGUAUGCGGCAUCUACAGCCUUAACAUAUAUUUCAGCCAUAGGCUAUGUGCACCGCUUGUCUUCUCUACCGGACCCUUCAAAAUCAGAGCUCAUAAGACUUGCUUUAAGAGGCUAUGCUAAGCAAAAGACCCCAGGGGACGCUAGACUUCGCAUCACAUUACCAAUUCUGGAACAACUGUUAUCAGCCUUUGAUCACACCAUAUCUUCUACUUAUAAAGGAAAUUUAAUGAAAGCCAUGUCAGUCACAGCCUUUUUUGCCGCUCUUCGAAUAGGCGAGAUAACAAUCAGAAACCCUACAUGUGUCAGAAACCUCAUCCAACUUGACCAGAUAUCAUUCAAGAGGAACCGGCUAGGUCAGGUGGAAGCCAUGCAAUUAUCGAUGAAAUUCUUUAAACACAGUGACACCUCAUGUCCGGUUGUCCUGUCAAUAUGUCCUGAAAAACCGGUAUGUCCUCUGUCCAUAUUAGCCCUGUACCUUUCACUAAGGGGAUACACAAACGGGCCCCUGUUUUGCUGGCCCGACAACUCGCCUGUACGCAGACAAUUUUUUGUUAAUGCCUUGAAUAAUGCCCUCGGAUUUUGUGGCCUUGAUCAUAAGGACUACAAAACACAUAGCUUCAGGAUCGGAGCAGCCUCAUGGGCAGCUGAAAAAGGGAUGUCAGAUUCCAAGAUAAAACUAUUUGGAAGAUGGAAGUCUAGCGCCUUCGUGCGCUAUAUUCGAACACCAACUCUCGGAUCAGCUUAG